CUUUCUCCAAUACCACAAGCUGAUCACCGAACUCUGCUCUUCACCCUCGCCUUCAUCGUUGAUAUCAUGUCUGGCUCAAGAGAACUCUUUGGGGGUGCGAUCACCGCGACAUUGCCCGUAACGUUCCUCGAUGCAUCAAACUUUCGACAAGUACCAGACACACAAGAGGUCUACUUGUCUCCCGACUCAGGAAUCAGCAUCAUCGUUGAGGUGCUCGAGAGCGUUUCCGCCACCGACCUUCGGGAAGCAGCUGGUCAGCACUUUGACUCGCUAGCGCACGACAACGACGCCAAAUCACAGUCCGUGAUCGAAGCUGUCGAGGUCUCCAACGAUUCCAAGGGUGCCACUCCGAACCCGACCGUUCUCUACGGCACCCAGGCCGUGCAGAAGUUCAACACGGCGACGGCGGAUGAGGUCCGCAUCCUGCUUGCGCUCUACCGUGUAUCCGAGAAAAAGGUCGACCUGGUCAUGACUAUGAAUGCGCCCAUGACCGGUUCGGACGGGGACGCAAUCACCGAAAAGGAGUGGGGCACCGCUCGGGACGCAUUCAACACUGCAGCGCGUUCAUUGCGCAUCGUCGACUAUGGCUUGUUUGCAUAGGGAUGCAGUAGAUGAGAAGAGAAGAUGACAUAAGGUGUAUAAACAGUGUACAGUAGUCCUGCUGGUCGGCCGUGCUCGGCGAAUACCAUCAUACGCUCU